AUGUCCAGUCCAACGGCGUCCUCGAAGCGGAAAAGGAACAGAGUUCCGCUAAGCUGUACCAUAUGCAGGAAGCGGAAGGUUAAGUGCGACAAGACGCGGCCGCAUUGCAACCAGUGCACUAAGACUGGGGUUGCGCAUCUUUGCCAUUACAUGGAACAGACAUGGGCGGGCGAAGCUGAGAAGGAGCUUUCAAAGGAUGCGGAGCUGAAGCACCUGCGUGAACGCAUCCGACUGCUGGAGGAGGCGCUGGGCAAGGCAUGCAACGGAAGCGGCAGCCUGCCGGUGUCGCCAGCGGACCUGGCGCAGGCGUCGCCGCGGCUGGUGGAGGACGGGGUGCGGGGGCGGUACGACAACGACACACUGGACCUGACGCGGCAGUUCGACAUGCUGCACGUGCGCCACGGCGGCAUACUACACCUGGGCGCGACUCACUGGCUGGCCAUCAUGAAAGGGGACCCGUACCUGCGCCUGCUUUGGGGACAUCUGUUUUCAGUGCGUGAGAAGAUGGUGGAGUGGCAUGCUCAGAGGCGGCGCAAGAACCAGGAUGGGGCGAGGCCGGCGGGCGGGGCGGGCGCUUGUCCUGUGUCAGCGCGCGUGACGGCUUCUCGCUGUCCUGUAAGCAACCAGAGUGCCGCUGGCGGCAGGGCGCCGAAACCAGAAGCGCCUCAGCAGUGCCCUGUGACGGGGGCUACGGCGGCAGGCCAUCAACAGCUGCCACCCUUCCACGAUUUAGCUGCCAAGUGCCCCGUCCUGCAACACAGCGUAACUCCGACGCCGCCUAUGUCGUCGCGACGCGGCACGAUCGAGCACACAUAUAUGGGCUCGGCAGAUGCAGCAGAUCGCCUAGCCCAAAUGCUACCUCCGAAGCAUAUCAUCAUGUUGUUCUUGGAUCAUUUUUUCAAGUACAUAUAUCCGGUUGUACCUAUCCUCGACGAACAGAGUUUCUGCCAUGAGGUGGACCAAAUUCUGUCAGAUCGGCAAGAGACGCUUGUUAUUAAGGUUACGAAACCCACAGAUAACUGCACCUUAGGAAUAUUAACAAUAAUAUUGAGGUUGACGUGGCUCUCGCUGCCGCUUAACGAAUCUGCUGUGGAGUUGGGCUCACAAUAUGAACAGUUUGUUGUGCCCUCUGUGAGUGUAUCACCUGCCGCUCAUGUAAAAGAAGUGUCGACUCUUUUUGAGCACCAGACACCUUUAGAUGCGGUGACUCUUGCGCGUAAGCACCUAGUUCGUUUUGAUGAGAUUAGCAGUUUCUCCAAUACCAAUGUGAACCUGGCGACGAUUCAGUUUGCUAUUUUCUACAAAAUGUUCCUGAUGUGCUGCCCAGAAGACGCGUCUGUCCAGCCACAAUCUGCGACAUUCACAUCUACUGGCCAGGAUAAUGAAACACACCAGGUGCUUUUGUCGAGCAUAGUGCAAAUGGCGUUUAGCUGUGGGCUCCACCGUGAUCCAGAUAAUUUUCCGCAGCUAAGCAGCACAUUGCUGAAGACGACCAAGGACACAAUUACAAAUACUGAGAGGCUAAAGCAUACGUGGAGGAAAAUGUGGUACUUUAUCUUGUCCCUCGAUAUCCAGCAGUCCUUAUCACUGGGGUCGCCACGGCUUCUACGGAACCAUAAGGAUUUCUCGGACACUAAAUUGCCUUUCGCUUCAAAGAUAGACUAUGUUCAAGACAUAAAGGAACUUGUAGUGGUCAAGAACUUCACGCUGUUCUUCCAGAUCGAUUUAUGUGUUGUUGCAGUACUAAACCAUAUACUCAAUGUUUCCACCGCGAAAACUGUGCGUAAGCAUGAACUCGACUCUCUGAUAGAAGCACUCAAGUCUUUGGCAAAUGGUGGCUGCAACUUGAAUGACCUAGUGGCUAGUCUUGUUGGACAGGGCUUACUCUUCACUACAGAAGGUUUCAUCGAUCAAACUAACGACGUCGCGUAUUCCCUUCCAAGCAUGGAACACUUGCUGUCGUCGCAUACUACUGUGCCCGAAAAGGACAAGAAGCCAUUUUUGCCUCAUGAACUAACCACAAGAUCUCUACUCUUUUCGAAACAUAUUACUCUACGGCUUCUUCUCUAUCUCCUAAACUAUAUCCUAUUUGUCCACUAUGAGCCCAAAGGUAAUGAUGAACCGGGAACACGGUCUUUGGCUCGCUCUUACGCGCAAGAAGCUAUGAAUUACGCUAUCGAUGGUUACUACCAUUCAUUGUUGUUUUUUAAUUCAUUCAAGAGCGACUAUAACAAACAUACCUCCAUCUUCACUCAUAUGCAGGUUCUAUUAGCACCCGCCUGUUUAGAUAUGGGGCACAGGGCACUUCAAUUUAUGGUUUGCUUGAUACUGCGUGCGAAAUGUGGGCCGCUGACCGGAAUAAGCGACUUUUCAAUAGUGGGCAGUAUGGCACCAUCAAGUGAUGAGGAUGACUCUAGUGGUAGUGAGGAUCGUGCUUCCAGUGGCAAAGAACUAUCUGGAGCUCUUCAAGAUUUCACUUCUAUACCGUAUAUCAGUCUGACUGCUGGCGACCACUUAGCGGAUACCUUAAUGGAAAAAAUGGCUCUUUUCCAUAAACUGGCCAAGCAACUAUCUUCCAAGUACGCCUAUGCCACCAAGCUUUGCAAGUCAACUGGAUUUUUCCUUACUCUACUCAAGAAACCAUCAUCUGGCAGUCAUGCAAAGCAAGCGCGCCAAAACUCUCUACCUCGUAUCCAGGAUCUGGGAAUUGCUAGUAUGACCGGAUUCUUCAAAAACGUUCCGUCUCUUGUUUUUUCCGCUACUGGUGAAUCGAUCACUCGAUGCCCAGUUUAUCAGGAUGCCAUGGACUUGUUACCACCCAAAGAGCCUAGAGCUAGCUCUAAUAUGACAGCAACAGUAUCCAAUGGUAGUGAUGUUACUUUCCUCAACGGUUCCUUACCACCGAUAAGGCCUUAUCAGCCGAUCACAUACAACGUGAAUGGUUUUCAUAAGACAUCAGACAUCAGAGAUACUUCCGGAUCGAAGAGGAGAAGAAUUUCUGCAAAUGUAAUCACGCCCACGUCAUCCGCCCUUCCUCCCCCAUUACCGUCACUUUGUAGCCCGCAGUACCAGUGUCCUACUUCUGUCCCCGAUACGGGAACUGACUCCAUACAAUUCCAAGAGCCGCAUAUCAAUGGCAAUUCUCACACACCAUCUUCAAGAGGGGCUAAUGACGGCAAGGGUAUGGGCAACAGCGCUUUUUCGCUAAGUUCACCUUCAAAUGCUGAAAUAUCAUCUGGUAGUGCGCAGUAUACCCCGGAUUUUGAAGAAUUCCUAAUGGAAAAUUCCAAUUUUAAUGGUCUCAUAAUCAAUCCAUCGGGCAUUGCAGAAGCGGUAGGUAUGGAUCAAUUUGGACAUGCCGGUGACAUUAAUGGCCUUUUGGGUGCAGAUUUAUUGCCGAUCGAUGAUAAUUGUAUGAUUGAGGUACCACAGAGUGGUGACCUCUCUGCUUUCCUAUAA